AUGGAGAACAUCGACUUAUCUGCGGAGAGAACCAUCCUCUGCCUAUUUGACGUGGAUGGCACUCUGACUCCACCAAGAGAGAAAAUAGACCCGGAGCUGGACGCGUUCUUCCAAAAGCUGCGAAAGAAAGUCAAGACCGGUAUCGUCGGAGGCUCCGAUUAUUCCAAGAUAGCGGAACAACUGGGGGAAGGAGAUGAUGUCAUACACAAGUUUGACUAUGUAUUUGCGGAGAACGGCACCGUGCAGUACAAGGACGGGAAACUCCGUUCUAAACAUGCAAUCCAAAACCAUAUUGGGGAGGAGCUGCUGCAGGACCUAAUUAACUUCUGCUUAAACUACAUGGGGCUGAUCAAACUUCCAAAAAAGAGGGGAACGUUUAUCGAGUUCAGGAAUGGAAUGCUCAACAUUUCACCCAUCGGUCGGAGCUGCACUUUGGAGGAGAGAAUAGAAUUUUCUGAAAUUGAUAAGAGAGAAAAGAUCAGGGAGAAAUUUGUUGCUGCCCUGAAGGAGGAAUUUGCUGGAAAAGGACUGCGGUUCACUCGAGGUGGUCUCAUCAGCUUUGACGUGUUUCCCGAAGGCUGGGACAAAAGGUUAUGCCUCGAUCUGCUGGAGAGCGACGGCCUGGAUGCCAUUUACUUUUUUGGCAAUGAGACUUCAGCUGGCGGAAACGAUUACGAGAUCUUCAAUGACCCGCGUACCAUCGGCUUCACAGUGUACUCCCCGCAAGAUACUGCCAGACUGUGUCAGCAACUGUUCUUUGAUGAGCAAUCGCAUGAAUCCUGA